GAUGAUCUUUCCAAGGACCAGGUCGCCCUCCUGAAGAAGGCCUUCGAUGCCUUCGACCAGGCCAAGACCGGCAACAUCCCCACCACCAUGGUGGGCACCAUCCUCGAGAUGCUGGGCCACGGCGUCACCGACAAGGUGCUCGAGGAGAUCAUCGCCGAGGUCGACGCCGACGGCUCCGGCGAGCUGGAGUUCGAGGAGUUCGUCACCCUGGCCUCCCGGUUCCUCAUUGAGGAGGACAGCGAGACCAUGCAGCAGGAGCUGAGGGAGGCCUUCAGGCUCUACGACAAGGAAGGCAACGGCUACAUCACCACCCAGGUGCUGCGGGAGAUCCUCCGGGAGCUGGACGACAAGGUCACCUCCGAUGAGCUGGACAUGAUGAUCCAGGAAAUCGACUCUGACGGUUCCGGCACCGUGGACUUCGACGAGUUCAUGGAGGUCAUGACCGGAGGCGACGACUGAACACACUGCCAUCGCGUUGCCGCGCCCCUACCCUGCCAAAAAAUUAUAUAUAUCGGCUGGUCCGCUACAUCACCAUCAUCCUCACCGCCAUCCUCAUUUUCGUUUAGUCAUCUCAUUUUCAUCCUCAUUUCAUCAUCACAAAUUUCUUAUAUACAAACAUAUCAACAACAUUCGCCUAGGUGAAUAAAAAAUUAAUCCACUAUGCCAAA